GCUGGAGCCGCGCAUCCACCGAGUUCCACUCGGCGCGCUCCUGCGCCUCCACCGAGCUGCCCCAGUCCCGCGCCUCCUCGCCCGCCGCGCGCACCUCCACGCGCGACUCGCGGGAGUCGCGCGAGUCGCGCGACUCGUCGCGCGCGGCCGCGGCCGCCGCGGCCGCCGCCCGCCGCGGACGCCCGGGCGCGGCGGCGGGGGCGCUGGCCGCCGCGGCGCUGCGCGACGCGGGCGCGGAGGGGCUCGACGGGCCCGGGACGCCGAGGCGCUGGGUCCAGCCGUCCAGCGGCGAGAGCCCGGCGCCCGACGGAGCCUUCUGCUGGGGGCGCGCGGGCUGCCAGGGGGCGGUGGCGCCGUGGCCGCAGCCUCAGAUCCCUCCGGCUGCAGCGUGACCUUCGGCGCCGCCGGCGCCGGGCUCUUCGACGGCGGCGCCGCGGGCGCCGCCGCGGGGGGGAAGCCGCCGCGGCAACGCUCGGACAGCCGCAGGGUCCACUUCACGACGGACGCCUCCGAGGGCGCGGAGCAGGUGGAGAUCGUGUUCCCCCCCGAGCACUCCGCGGCGGACGGCCCCUCCAGAGGCCAGGGCUCCCCGAGUGUGGCCUCGGUCUGGUCGUCGCUGGCCGGCGCCCUGGGCGCCUGCGGCGCGGCCAGCCCGGGGGGUUUCGCCCCUCCGGAGGCGCCGACGGAGGACAGGGUGAGCGCCGUGCACCCCGCGGAACCGCUGCGCACGCUGCGGAGGAGUACGCCUUCAACGAGAGUUUCGGCAGGGGCGUGGCCGAGAUGCAGAGCCGCGGCUUUGCUGGCUGGCGCCGGGUGCGCGGCGACGGCAACUGCUUCUACCGUGCCGUCGGCUUCGGCCUGCUCGAGCAGCUCGCGGGCUCGCAGGACCCCCGGCGCGCGGCGUGGGCGGAAGCGUUCUUCGGGCUGCUGA